CUCCACCAGCAGGACAGACACACAGAUCAUUCGGUCAAUACGGCUACUGUUAUUUUACCAAGCCUAGGACCCGAUACAGCAAUCCUAGUUCACCCACGCGACUGGUAACCGACCCGGGAGAUCAACAUCCUCUAGAACGAGUCAACGCAGGCCCGCUGCUACCUCAAUUGAUUUGAGCCUAGGAAGCCCGACCAUUCGGACCACUCCUGCGACUUUGCUGCAUAGCGAUCUGACUGCGACCACCACGAUCUACGAUUCAACCUUCGCUAACACCGCGGAUAACAACAGUUCUCACUCUACUGCAGGGACGGCAAGCCACGUAUGAUACACCUUACCGUCGCCUGAGAGUAGAGCACCCUAAGCAUUCAUAAUGCCGGGCCCAACUCAGACCCAGGACGUUCGGUCUGAAGAUGGCUCCGCCGGGUUUCCAGAGUUCGGAGACAGCAUCGAUCAGACCACCUUCGAGCAGAUACUCGAGAUGGACGAUGACGAGGAGGAGCGUGAAUUCAGCAAGAGUAUAGUCUACGACUUCUUCACGCAAGCCGAGAGCACGUUCCAGAAGAUGGAUGCAAACCUUGAAAAGAAAGACCUGGCACAACUGAGCUCGCUGGGCCAUUUCCUGAAAGGAUCAAGCGCCACGCUAGGCCUCACUAAAGUUAAAGAUUCGUGCGAAAAGCUCCAACACUUCGGUGCACGUAAAGACGAGACCGGGACCAAAGAGGAGCCUGAUGAUGAGAAGUCUCUGCGGAAUUGUAAGGUAACCAUUGAGCAGGCGAAGACCGAGUUCAAAGAGGUUGAACAAGCCUUGAGGCGCUUCUACAGGGAUGACAGCUCUUAGGGAAUUGACGGGCUUGGCUG